GAGAGAGUAAUGGCGUCCGCGGCGAGCGCACGAUACUCUCGCGGUUCGUCUCGUCGUCUGUCGCACCGCGAGCUGAAUGUUGAAGCGAAACUGGCUUGGCCUUAGCUUUCAACAUUUCAUCGCGAGAGCUCUCUCUCUCUCUCUCUUCUAGUUUAGAAUCGACCGCGUCUAGCCACAAACGAAGCCCGAGAACCCUUCGAGACGAUACGAGGAUCGGCGAAAGCGUGGCAGUCGAGCUGGUGGUUGUGUGUACGUUUUCCACGUUCUUCACGUCGUCAACGAAAAGAACGUGACUUCGACUUUCGAAACGUUCGUCGAUUCGGCGCGAUAAUCCCGGUUGUCAACUCUAAUCGAUCGAUAAUAAAAUAAUGGACUGAGAAUUUUUGGAACCGCACAUUUCGUCGUACAUCGUUGUCCUAUCCUGUGUGCUACAUAUAUGGAGUAACGUGACGUGGUUCUUUACCAGGAUGGAUCUAUCGACCGGCCAUAGAGCUGUUACCGUCAUGAAAUAUGUUUGACCCUUGUUGUCCGUUCAAAUUGGACAACGUUUAAUUCAAAUUGCUUGUAUUUAUAUCCUCACACAAUGUCUGCAAAUACUCAAUUUGCGAAUCCGCCGCCAGCCGUAAGCUUACCCAACAUGUCCGUGCCGCCACCCACGACUCCAAACUUGUCGGCACCACCACCAAAUUUAACUACCAUAAAUACAUCGGGAAGCUAUCAGCAUCGAUAUGCAAACCAUAGAGAGGGCAAUCGCGGUUUUUUCAAACCAUUUAGACCUUAUCACGCUCCAAAAAUUGUCGCUGGGGGACAAGAUACUCUACAAGAUGAAUUUGAUGGGAAGAGACUCAGGAAAUCAGUUAUGCGAAAGACUGUUGAUUACAACUCUGCCAUCAUUAAAAGCUUAGAAAAUCGAGUAUGGCAGCGGGACUAUAGGGAUCGUCGCGCGCUUCAGCCAGAUGUAAUAUAUUAUCCCGAUUUACUCCCUCCACCAAGUUAUAUUGACAAUCCAAUAAAUGCAGUUACCACGAGGUUCGUAAAAACGGCUACCAAUAAAAUGCGUUGUCCGAUUUUUUGUAUGGCUUGGACACCAGAGGGUAGACGUCUCGUCACUGGCGCUUCGAGUGGAGAAUUUACUUUGUGGAAUGGCCUUACUUUCAAUUUUGAAACUAUUCUGCAGGCACACGACAGCCCGGUCAGGACAAUGGUAUGGUCACACAAUGAAAGCUGGAUGGUAACAGGGGACCACGCGGGCUACGUGAAAUAUUGGCAGAGCAACAUGAACAAUGUCAAGAUGUUUCAAGCGCACAAAGAAGCGAUUAGAGGACUCAGUUUCAGUCCAACGGAUCACAAAUUGGCAACCUGCAGUGAUGAUGGGACUGUCAGAAUUUGGGAUUUUCUUCGCUGUCACGAGGAACGAAUUCUCAGGGGUCAUGGUGCGGAUGUCAAGUGCGUGCAUUGGCAUCCACAAAAGAGUCUAGUCAUUUCUGGCAGUAAAGACAAUCAGCAACCAGUGAAACUUUGGGAUCCGAAGACUGGGCAGUCUUUGGCAACUCUGCAUGCACAUAAGUCGACCGUGAUGGAUGUCAAGUGGAAUGAGAACGGUAACUGGUUGGUGACUGCAUCAAGAGAUCAUCUCUUAAAACUUUUCGACCUCAGGAAUCUUAGUCAAGAAGUUCAGACUUUUCGUGGCCAUAAAAAAGAGGCGUCCAGCGUCGCGUGGCAUCCAAGCCACGAAGGUCUUUUUUGUAGUGGCGGUAGUGACGGUGCCAUACUCUUCUGGCACGUUGGAGCGGACAAGGAAGUGGGAGCGAUAGAACAGGCUCACGACAGCAUAGUUUGGACAUUAGCUUGGCAUCCACUGGGACAUAUUUUGUGUUCUGGCAGUAACGAUCACACGUCUAAGUUUUGGACGCGUAACAGACCGGGAGAUUUGAUGAGAGACAAAUACAAUCUCAAUACAUUACCGGCAGGUUCGGCCGGUAUCGAUGAUCACGAAAUUGCUGAUGAAGCAGCGGUGAUACCUGGUAUGGGACCAGAGGACAGAAUCAACGCAGAUUGUGAGUCUGAGGACAAAAACGGCGGAAUCCCGGGUCUGGAUUUGGAUCAUGCGGUGGACGAGGGCAAGAAAUUCGCCAACAAGAAAGUUCCGUAUAGUAAACCGAUACCGCGAAAUUUCCAAGCGCAGUGGAACGAAAUGGAAGCCGAGGAUAUUGAGCAAGUUGAAGCUCUUAAUGCGUUCGUCAAUCAAUUAAUAGAGACAACGCCGGGUGCUGUACCACUAAACGAAGUUACGCCCAACGCCAUUAUAUUAUAUGGGAAAAUGAUUUCUGUGGAAUCUGGCUCCAAACUGGCGGAAGCAAUCAGUAAAGGGACCGAUGCCAUAAACAAGUUAGUAUUCUCUGGUGAAAUAGAAGAACUGCGGGACGUGGUAGGUCCACCGGACAACGUGGACGAGGCCGAGGAGUAUCUGCAGGAUGACGGCGAGAUCGAUUAUUCUAAAGUACCCGACAUAGAUUUGCCACCACCCUUGCCCAGCUCUAAAUUCGCACAGAAUCCGGAGCUGUUGAAAUCACUGAAUCGUGGCGGCAAGCGCAAGUUCGAUCAAUUGAUCGGCUGGAGCGAUGGUGGAGCUAGCGAUCGUAUAUCCAAGAUGCAUCAGCCGGUUUUCGGUGGUGUGAUUACGGAGGACUCGCAAUCCAGCGACACCGAUCUGAGGUUCGGCAUUGGCAAGUCAAAUCCUCUCGCGGAGAACAAUUCCUUCCAUAGCGGCCAGGAUGAGGAUCACAGGAGGAGUCUUCAUAUCGAUCCAACGAGGAGUGGCAAUCGCGGUGAUGAGGAUCUCAGGUUUAACAUAUCCGCUGGUCCUGGCAGACCCGGCUCGCGCAACGAGUACGAUUCGCGCGGCAACAGUUUCGCGGACAAGGAUUUUCGCAACAUCGGCAGUUUCCUAUCGUCCAAGUCUCUGGAUGAUGAUGAUUACGACGAGCGGGAGCACGAUAACGUCGGCGGCCGUUGGGACGAUGAGAAGGCUGAUGGCUCGCGUGGCAAACUGGACGGCACGUUUGCCAGCAACAGUUUCGACAAGCGUGACAACGGCAUAGCGAUGGGUCCUGGCGGUAUGGGCAACAGUAUACAUGGUCAUAUGGUUGGCAUGCCCCAUCUGCCGAAUCAUCAUAACAUGCAAAAUAUUAAUCCCAACAUGCCACCGCCGAUACCGAGUCUGGUGCCGCAUCCCAACAUGUCGCAGCAUCCUGGCAUGCAAGGUAAACCGCAUCCUGGUAUACCUGGGAUGGAUGGCCCAAUGCCACCACAUAUGAUGCCGCACCAUCCGAACAUGCAUCCGGGUUUUGGUCCCAAUGGACCGCCGCCCGGUAGUUUCGGACCCAACUUCCGGCCACCGCCGAACAGCAAUUUCGGCCCGAAUCACUUUAGACCGAGUCCGAUGCUGCCUUUUGGACCGAAUCAGGGCCCGCCGCCGUUUGGCAACAGUUUUCAAGGACCGCCCAACUUUCGCGGACCAAACGUCGCCCCGAUGAACUUUGACCGACCAGGCUUCGGACCCAAUUUCCGCGGCCAAAAUCCACAGGGUCAAUUGAACAGUUUCAAUUCCAACUUUGGCAACUUUGGCAAGAACGGUCCGAAUCGCGGCAUGAAUCGUGGCGGUGGCGACAGUAUGGCCAGGAGUGGCUAUAGUAAUCGCGGUAGAGGACGUGACAACGAUCAAUCGAGAGGAGGGAGGGGAAGAGACAAUUAUUGAAGAGAUUUCUCAGAACUGUGCGUGAUUAUGGAUAAUGUUCUUAUACCUUGGUAUAAACGAUUUUGCAUGAACUGUUGAGUAAAACUUUGGCUCAGUAGGUAUAUAAGAUAAUAUGCCGGCGCGUCCACGAGUGACGAUCGCGAACUCUUUUACUCAUGUGUGCGAAAGUACCCUAUAUUCAUAUUAUAUUAUAUAUGUAUGAUAUAGUGAGUAUGAUAUAGUGAGCUAAUGAUAUAAUGAGCUAGCGAUCGAGCGCUCUAUGCUAGAUCUACGAGGAUCGAUUGUAUAGAGGGUGAAUUAAUUAAACUUUCUUUCUUUAGAGGAGAAAGAAGAGAGAGAAAGAGAGAAUGAAUCGCUGACUCAGAUUUGGAUUUAUUCUAAAUUCAGUUGAUUUGUGUGGUGCAGUUUGCCACAGAAUAAACAGCUUUUUUCGAGAUAAACGAAAUUGUAACAUAAUGCAUUAAGGAUCGACGACACGAAUAUUAUUCCGAUAGAAACUGUUCACAAGCUGCCUUGCGAGGAAAUUCUUGUUCCGUAUAUGGAGCUCGACAAAUGCGCGUUAAUCGCGUCGGAUGAGAUUGAGCACGAAUGUACGAUUGACUUUGUGUCCGCUGUUUGUCGUCUGAAGGGUGUGAGAGUGCCGGAACAGUCUAUCUAUUAUUAAUAAAACGGAAUAACAUAAAG